AGACAAUAAAAUGCCAGAGGGAAGCUGGCACAGAUGCAGAGUUGCUGCAGGUUGUCCGAGAUCUCUUGCAGAUACUCUUGCUGAUUCUCGACCGAGUCUCGUCCCUUCACGGAACCAGCAUGGCGAGACGAGACGCGAGCGCUUUCAUCGGUUCGAAGAACAGCAAGUUAGAUUCCUUCCUUAAGAGGAACCUUCCUCAGAGUGUAUACGAGAGAGUCCGGGUACACGAAGCCUGCGUGGUCAUCUCCGACAGCGUCAAUAAACUGUACAUGUUCGUGGUCCUUACCGAUGACUGCAUCUACUUAACGGAAAACCCGCCGAAAACUGUGCGUGUGGCGGCGCACUUUGGGGACAUCUUUGGGGUUGAACUGGUGAAUGAUGUUCCUGAAUUUCUUAGUGGACGUGACAGAGAGAGUGCGCAGCACAUUCGUGUUAUCUAUAAAACAUCAAGACAUCAGAAGAAGCAAAACAAGAAAACUUCCAGUAAAGGAACUGUUCUACCAUUUGUCCAGGCUACGAGAGGCAAUGUAAAUAUUUCCUCUGAUCAGAAAGCAAAUGAAAAAUUUUCCAAUGGACACUUAUUAAGAACAGGUGCAACACUGAGCAGACGUGCAACCACGUCCAUUUUAAGAACAGAAGCACAAACACUGGCAGUGAAACAGUCCAGAUCAUUGUCCUGUCCUGCCUCAGACAAUGAAAAUCUCCAUGUCGAUGGCAAAGGUGAUAAACCACGGCCCCUGCCACGGCCUCCUUCAUCAAGCCAAUCUCUAGCAUCAUUUUCUGACUUUACUCCUGAUAAACUACUGUAUAGUGAGAAAAACAGUAUGGGUCUUCAUGCUUCUCUUAUCAAUGAACUGGAUACAGAUGCUGAUGAGAAGAUGGAGGCACAGUUACACUUGUAUGUUGUUUCAGAGUCAUCUCUUUUAUUUCUCCACCUCAAGAACUCCUGGAAUAAUUAUAUCAUUCGCUCAACUCUCAUGCAAGAUCCUCAAUAUUGUAGAAAAUUAGGUUUAGCAGUUGAAUCUACUGGCCAUACACAAAAUGUGUGCAGAUCAGAUCAAAUGGCAAAACUAUUCAAUCAACUUACAAGUGAACUCUUCCAGGAUGAAAUUUCUCUGGAGAAAAUGUACAGUCUUCUUGUGGAGCUAAAGAUGGCCGCACAAAAGUAUUUUGUCUUAAAGAGGUUGUUCUGGAAGUCCAGUGAUCUGUUUCCAUUCCUGAUCAACACACUUUGUGAUUACCCACCAAAUCGCUUACAACACAAUAGAGCUGAAGACCAUGACAAAACAGAAGACAAGCUUAUUUUUUGCACACUUAUUUUAGACAUCUUAGCUUUGAUGCUUCAGGAAACAGAAACUGAACCAGCUUGCCUCAGCCUUCUCAUAUCGAAAAGGGGAAGUUUAAUAAACAAUCUUUUAAUGGUUUUAAUUGGAGAAAAUCCAUCUGAAAUUGAGACUGUGGUUCACUCAGGGACUCGAAAAACAAAUACUCGACUUCUGGACAUGUCUCAAGAUGCAGAGAUGGAGAAUUUAAAAAGGGAAUACUUUGAAGCAUCUGUCUCAGUAUUAUAUGCAAUCAUUCUGAUUGCUAAUCAGCAAGGAAGCCUGUCCUCUUAUUCAGGAAAAUUCAUGACAGUUGGAUGGGUCAUAUCAACACUUCAGUCAUUUCCAACUAUAGUCUCCUUUAUCACAGGUAUAGUUAAGCAGGUGACUUCAAUGCUGUCUCUACCGACACCCCCUCUCAGCCCUGGCCAGAUGGUGCUCCUUUACCAACAAUGCUACAUCCUCAUCUCCUGCAUCAAGCAUGGCAGCAGCUUGGCCACCUUCAUAAGGACAGAGUACAGAGAGGAGUUUAGGUAUUUUAUUAAGCCUGACUCAGUAGAAGAGAAGUUUUCUCCGCUGUAUCCAAUUACGCAACCUGCAUUUCGCCUUAUUUGUCAAUUGCUUACCCUUGUGGAGCAGGAGUCCUAAUAAUGUCAUUCAGAACUGUAUUCCCAAAAAACCUGUGAAUGCUGUAUUUAUAAAAUAAAAAUAUAUUUUUGUAUUUAUGAUUUUAAUUACCAAAGCUAGAAUGUGAUUUUAGAAAAUAUAUUUUUAUAUUUAAGCAUUUUGUUAAAAUUUGAUGGCUUUCUUGUAGUUUAUACUCAAUAAUUGUAUUCCGUGUAUUCCAGUAUUAGCCAUUUGUUAUGAAAACAUUAUGCAAAAAUGUCUUUAAAUCAUUUUUUUCAUUGGAUCCAUGAAUACAGCUCAGAUAUAAUAGAAACUGACCUAUACAAUUAUGCAAACAAAUAUAAUGAAAGGUUAUAAUUUACUAUUAUUUAUUUUACUUUUCUCAGUCAGUUUUUAUGUUUUACAGUACAUCACCAUUCAAAAUGCACACCAUCAUAAUGCACUUUUCCUUUUUAUAGUGAAUUUCAGCAUACAGAAUUACAGUUAAGGCCAUCAGUAUUUGGACACUGACAUCAUUUUCAUUAUUUUGGCUCUAUACGCCACCACAGUGGAGUUGAAAUGAGGAAAUAAUUAUGUGACUGAAGUGUAGGCUUUCAGCAUUAAUUCAAAGGGUUUAACAGAAAUGUAGUAUGAGCCAUUUUCAGGGUUGAUUCCAAGUGUAGAAUUUGCAUUUGAAAGCUGUUGCUGUUUACUGUCAAUGUGAAGUCCAAAGAGCUUUGCAUACAAGUGAAAACAGUCCGUCAUUAGGCCGAGAAAACAAAACAAACCAUCUGAGAUACAGCAGAAACACCAGGAGUGGUCAAAUCAACCAUCUGUUACAUUCUUGAAGAGAAGGAAUGCACUGGUGAGCUCAGCAACACCAGAAGACAACUGUGCUGGAUGAUCUCAGAAUUCGUUCCUUACAAUCAAGAUAAGAUUUCACAAAAGUAAAUACAGAGGAUUUCCUACAAAGUGCAAACCAUCGGUAAUCCUCAAGCAUAGGGAGGACAGAUUAGACUUUGUCAGAAAAUAUUUUUCAAAAACCAGUCCAGUUUUGGAACAGUUUUCUUUGGACAACUGAUUUUAAGAUCAGUAUGUACCAGAAUGAAAGUGUGGAGAAGAGAAGGAAUGGCUCAUAAUUGGUAGCAUACUACAUCAUCUCUGAAACAUGGUGGAGGCAGUGUUAUGGCAUGGGCAUGUGUGAUUCCCAAUCAAAGU